AUGCCGGCCGCCCAGGAAAACGGUGGGGCGGAACCCGUCGUCUGCGUCUUUUGUGCCUCUUCACCAGGAAAAGACCCCGUCCAUCUCCAAUCAGCGCGACAACUAGGUCGAUCUCUGCAUGAGGCCGGCUAUAAGCUCGUCUACGGCGGCGGGACCAUGGGCAUUAUGGGCGAAUUGGCCAAAACCCUCGUCUCCCUUUCCGGUCCCAAAUCAGUGCACGGCAUCAUUCCUCGAGCAUUAAUCCGCUCAGAACAAGACCCCUCCAUCCGCAGCGAAACAAGUCGGUAUGGAUCAAGAAAGGUGGAGCGGACCAUGUCCUCGGAGGAACUGCGGCGGAUCGAUAGUAUCGAGGACCCAGAUAAACACAUUGUGCCCGAGUCCGAGUUUGGGAGGACCACCAUUGUCCCAGACAUGCACACUCGAAAACGCAUGAUGGCCAAUUCGGUGGAAGCGGGGGGCCCCGGUUCAGGCUUCGUGGCCCUGGCUGGCGGAUAUGGCACCGUGGAAGAGGUCAUGGAGAUGGUCACCUGGAAUCAGUUGGGCAUCCAUCAAAUCCCCAUCAUUCUGGUCAAUAUCAAUGGCUAUUGGAAUGGAUUGUUGGAAUGGGUCAAGACGGCAAUAAGAGAAGGGUUUGUGGGCGAAGGAGCUGCCAAUAUCUUGGUCGAGGUUCAGAGCACAGAUCAGGUCAUUGACGCGUUGCACGGCUAUCAGGUCGCCCCUGGGAGGUAUAAGCUGGACUGGUCAUAG